AGGGUGUGUGCGCGCACGGGGAGGAGGAUGUGCACGAGGGACACUUCCCUGAUCCCUGGGGCGGCGGUUCUUGGCUGUAAAAGACAAACGGAUUUUGGGCCAAAGGUCAUUAGUCUGGACUUUUUAUUGCCGUGAUGUGCCUGGUUCCCAAGUGACAGCAGCAGAGGGCGUGGCAAGAGCAGCAGAGGGCGUGGCAAGAGCAGCAUAUUUAAGUACAGGCCCCUCCCCCGCACGCAUGGGGCAGUAUUGAGUGCAGAGUCACAGGUUUCUUUUGUGCUUCUCACUUGCCUAAGCCUACAGGCUCUUUCUGGCAGCCUUCCCACUGGCAAUGGCACAAUAUUUACAAGAAGUUGCUUUUCUUGUGUUCACUUCAUAGGAAUACAAUGAUACAUGGCCCUGUAGUGGUUUCUAUUGGGGGGGGGGUGCUAUGGGAAGGUAUAAGCAGUGUGGCAUGGCAGUUUGCAAGAGUCUCAUUACAGUGGAUAUGUUGGGGGCUCAUCUGCAGAAUAACAAUAGAGGAGACAUGAAAAGCGGGAUGCAAUAGGAAGGCUCUACGUUUGAAUGGAAACCAAGUAGCAGCCUUCCUCACAUCCAUGAGUACCACCUCUGAUGAACCUGUACCUACACUUUCAUGGAUAUUUUAUGAAUCCUCAUCGGAGAGCUGUAAUGGGAAUGUAUUUUCCAUACUGAAUCCAUCCACCACUUUGGCCAGUGUUGCCCAUGAUGGAUCCCUGCCUGACAUUAAUGGGAAUUCCGCUAAUUCCCUUCUGAAACUCAGUGCAACUUCCGAAGAUCAGCCCAUAAAUCUUAGCGAUAAAAUGCAUUCAUCCCCGAGUGUCCCACCAUAUACAGCCGACAGUGAUGCACUGAGGAACCGUGGAAAAUACACUCUCAAAGCUACCUCUGAGUCGCCACCUUACAGUUCUGGAAGUUACGACUCCAUUAAGACAGAAGUGAGUGGCGGCGCAGAAGAUCUGAGCGUUAGUAGAACUCCUGCAGGAGAUGACGAUGAUGAAGAUGACCAUGAAGAUAACGAUCGUAUCACAGACUCGGAAGGGCUGGACCCCGAGCGUCUAAAAGCUUUUAAUAUGUUUGUGCGUCUCUUUGUGGAUGAAAAUCUUGACCGAAUGGUUCCAAUUUCCAAACAACCAAAGGAGAAGAUUCAGGCCAUCAUUGAGUCCUGCAGUCGCCAGUUUCCAGAAUUCCAGGAGCGUGCCAGGAAGCGCAUCCGAACGUACUUGAAAUCCUGCCGGCGUAUGAAGAAGAAUGGCAUGGAGAUGGCCAGACCUACACCCCCUCAUCUGACCUCCGCUAUGGCUGAGAAUAUUCUGGCGGCUGCCUGUGAGAAUGAGUCCCGAAAAGCAGCCAAAAGAAUGAGACUGGAGAUUUAUCAGGCUCCUCAGGAUGAAAUUUCUCUGGAGAAACCCACUGGACUGACACAAUCCUCAUACUCGCUACCUUCUGCCACUUACAGUCAGGACCCUGUGUACAUGAAUGGGAGUCUCCACUAUUCUUAUCGUGGAUAUGGAGCGGCCCCCACCUCACUGCCAAGUGGAAAUCACUGCAACGGUCCCACUGAUCUCAGUCUGAAAGGCCUGGCUUCAGGUAGCACCCACCCUUCUGCUACCAGCAGAGUGAUGCCAUGUGCCCAACUAAGCCCAACUGAGAUUGGUGCUGUGCGACAGCUGAUUGCCGGAUACCGAGAAUCCGCAGCUUUCCUCUUGCGCUCUGCCGAUGAACUGGAGAACUUGAUAUUGCAGCAGAAUUGACUAGUGCUCCUUCCUGACCUCAACUUCCAUUUGUCGUUGUAAGGCUGGUGAUCGGCCAACAUGUCUCUUCGCCUUUGUGUGCCAGCCACUGACCCUGACAGCGGUCUCAGAGCAGGAGCUGUGCCGUCUAAUUUGCAGGGAAGUCUCAGGACCCUGUCUGCACUAAUAGAUUUCCCUUUGCACCCUACUGUUAAAUUCUGCCCUGCCGAUGGCAGAACUCACCUAUUUAUUGCGAAGAGAAUUUGUCCUUUUAGUAAUUUAUUUUUCUGACAAUGUUUUAUGUUUGUACAGAAUAGCGGUUUGUAUUUGUUCUAUGAAUUGUAGCAUUGACCUGUCAUUCCUUCCCACUCCAGCACUGGAUCAGUUUGCCAUUUCUUCCUAUGCUCAGGUUCGGCUCUGGAGGAGUAGAUACCCGGGGACCCCUGGGGGCUGAGUCACAUUCCGUACACUAAUGUUGGCUAACUGCUGCUAUAAUUCACCUUUCAGGUAAUCUCAGCUCUCCCCAGAGACACGUUGAACUACUACUUCUGUCCUCUCCUGCUUGGUACCCUUUCACCAAUUUUGCACAGAAAUUUGUAAAUGGAAUUUUUUGCUUUCCUUAACUCAGGCAGAGUCCACACUCAUCCACUGGGCUUUUGCUUGCUCCGCCUACAGGUGUGAGAGCAACCGGGUCUCUACCAAUGAAUCUUCCUCAAUGUGUGUGUGUGUGUCCAUCUCAUUUCAUUGAGUCUAUAGACCAUUCCACGGGACUUCAUGUUCAUACACUAAGCACUUCUCAUGUGUUUUCUACAAUAUGUCUUGUAAGCUUUAACCACUCCAUGAUGUCCUGUCCUGCAUGUUCCCCACCUGAUGAAGGGGCCUCAAAAGAACAGGCAGAUCUCGCCAAACCAUCAGUCAAGAUUCCCUGCUCUGCAUAUCUGAAGUACUUUCCUUACAAACAUUGUCUUAUACUAUGAAUAUGUCCUGCUCUCUCUGUGGGACAUGAUAAUGGGGUCUUUGAUAGUGUCAACAAUGUAGCUGGGUUUUCUCCCGGUCAGUCAGGCCAAGUCUUGGAUAGAACAGGUUACGGGUAUAGUCUCAUUGCCUUGGGCUGUAUUACACAAUACUAUUACUGAGCACUUUGCUUCCAUUCAUUUCCAUGGUGGUGAAUAGAGGGAUAAAGAGACACACAGCAGAUAAGUGUAACUAUAAUGGGGACAGUGAUCGUUCAUGCAUAUUGAUUCAAUGAAAGCUAAAAAUGGCCGACAUACCUUUAGUACUUGCAUGGAUUGGAGGUGGCCGUUGUCCUUGGGUUUCCUUCUUCCCCUACAAGAAAAAAAAAAAAGAAAUACAUUGUUUUGUAUGGGAACAGAUAUUGGCUACUUUGUAAACUGGGCUCCAAAUAGAAGCAACCCAAAUGCCCCCAGCUGGUAUUGGGUCACUGACCAGCUUGUUUCCAGUUUGAAGCUCAGUUUCCUGUUUACAUAUACAGACUGGGGGGGGGGGGGUUCUCUGCUUAUUAAAGACACAGCACCUACUUCCUGCUCAGGUAAAACAAAUGUACAGCAACUAGCAGGGACCACCCAUGUCCAUAUAAUCACAUUCCACCCAGACAUUCCAGAGCUUUUUCAAUGCAGGCCCCACUGUGACAAGAUUCUACUGGUCAGAACAAGAGACACAGGCUACCUCCUCUGCAUCUUUUGCACCGGUCUAUCAUUCUACCCCCAUGAACCCCCACCCCCAUGUCCUAAUUGGUCGCACUGCACUUGAAAUCUACUUCGUCGGAAGCGCACUGCUCCAGAUAUGCUUCCUAAGGCAAAACCACACUUGGCUCUUGUGAGCAGAUGAGACAUCGAUAUGUAUAGAAUAUAUAAAAUCUAUUUAUUGUUUCGUGCUUUUUGUUUCUAGUAACUGUGCUUUCUUUAUUUUCAUUUGUUGGAUGUUUUGACAGCCGAUGUGAUGUGUAAAGUGACAGUCUUAUCCCAUACACCGAGACCAACGAGCUGUCUCGUAUACAGUAACCCAAGGUAUUAAUUGCUAAAUGCACUGAUUGGCCACAAAGUGGAACCCACCCUUUUUAAAAUGUGUCAUAUGUAAGGCUAACAAAUAAAUGAACACUGCUUAAA